ACCUUCAACAUUCAGCUGUAUCGCUGUUUGAUAAAAAGAGGAAAGCAGACCUCGGAAGCAAACGUGGCUGUGAGUUACGAGAGGAUUCAUGCCGACUGAAAAUGACUGAAAUACAGAGAAGCACCAGGAACUCAACAGAUCUAAAAAAUGAGGAUGGAUAUGAAAUUUCUAUUCCAUUUGAAGACAAUAGUACGGACCGGUCUAGUUUCUACAACCAGAAUGACCAUGUGUUUGGUGUGACAGCUUCAGGCCAGCAUGGCCCCUGCAAUCCAUACCUGCUGAUCUCCAACCUUCGUGCCCAGCUGCACAUCUCUCUGGAGAAGAACUCCUGGCUACAGAAACGCAUUGAGGACUUGGAAGAGGAAAGAGACUUCCUGCGCUGCCAACUGGACCGUUUUAUAUUUACUACCAAGAGUCAGGAGAGAAAGGAUAUUCAACCUGAGGUAUUGCAGCAACCAACUCCGCAAAAGGCCCUCGCCAAGAGGCCCCCCACCUCUUCUCCUAUGCCCAUGACGACCCGCUCUGGUCAAAUCCCAACACGCAGCCUAAACAUAAAGCGGAGAAGACGAAGAGACGGCAGUGUCCAAGAUGAAGAAGAGGAGGAAGUGAUUGAGGCAGAAGAGUAUCUGGAAGAUGGUUAUCUUGAAGAGGAGCAGUUUGUAUCAAAUGAUGAUGAUGAUGACUCUGACAGCAAAAGCUCCAGAAGGAACAGGGUGAGGUCAAAUUGUGGGCAGAUGAGAGUGAAAAGAACUCGGGUGUUCCGCAUUGCACGUGGCAUGGAGAGACAAAGAGUGAAAGACCCUGCUGGAGUUCUGCUUCGCUACAAGAAGAUUUUGGUUACUUACCAGAAGUUGAAGAGCAUGUCCAGGGCUUUCCAGGUUCAUGGGGUUGACCGUAACACUGUAGCUUCCACCACUCCCAUUGCUGAGCUGCUCCUAGUUGCCCCAGAAAAAGUAGCAGAGGUUGGCGAGUUUGAUUCCUCCAAAGAAAAGCUUCUAGACUAUGCACGACGCUGCUACAAGACCCUUGAUGAGACUGCUCAUGCAAAGGUGCAGGCUUUGAAGAAAAACAACCUCCUACUGCCCAUCUCUUACAGAUUCAGAAACUGAGUCACCAAAAACAUCUCAUGAUGUUUGCUGAAGUGAGUCAUGGGCAGAGGAGCCAGUCAUUCCAAGGUUGCUCUUUAGAUAGUUCAGCAUCUAAACAAAGAACUUUACUGGGUUUGUUUUUUCUACCUCAGCUGUGUCUUAUUAUUUGGAGUGAAGUACAUUAAAAGUCCAUGGUUUAUGGUAUUGCUUCUGAUGCUGGUAUUUAUGUGAUUGUGAUUUAUGGAACAUGUAUGUGAUUGCUAAAUGCUUGAUUGUAAAAGAAGCAAUGAAAGUGCCGCUCCUUUUUGUGGUUUUUGAUUUGUGUAUGACCGAGUUCAUCCAAUUGAGACAGUAUGAGGUAGAAAUCUGAAUCAUAAAAUUGAUGGAGACAAUGUUGGUGAAGUGAUUGAGGGGGGGGGGGGAUGAGGAAAAAAAGUUUAUGAAAAAAGUCAGUCACUGUAUUUAAGGUCUAUCUAUAUUUUUGUACAUCUUUAUUAUUUGAGGAAAAAAAAUACUGCUAACUUCCUCACUCCCAGGACAAAUGUACAUUUUCCUGGCAAUAACACCCUUAAAGAUAAUUUUGGGAAUCUUGUGAAUUGUUCUGAUUUAUGUUUAUUAAAUGGGUAUUGAACUAAGUUUGAAGACAAGAAAAGAAAGGGUCGUUAUUCAAAAUGGAUAUGUUUACUACCACUUCAUCCAUUAACAAAUGUAGCUGGAAAGAAGGAAUAGCAGUUAUUCAUGUUGCUGUCUGAAUGAGUAGAUUAUAUAAAUGUCUAGCUUUCUCAGUUUGAUGAUACAUUUUUAGUAGCUGAUCUUGAAGUAGCUUGAUGCCCUCAGAUGGUAAAAAUAAGCAUGUUGAUCUACUCUUUUUGUUGUAUCGCUUACUCUUCGUAGCCACAUAUUAGUGUUGGGAGUUCAAUCAUGUUCAGCCCAGCAGGGUAAAAACCAGCAAUGACUGGUCUUGGUUCUGAGAAACUAUAAAGACACCAUAGUGUAGUUAUGCACUUCUGUUCAUGGAUGAUUCCUGUAAACUGAAACAGAUUUUAGUGAUAUAUAAUUUUUUUUUCCCCAUAAAUGGCUGCCUUAAUAUAUUACACUGUGUAAUAAUGGGUCGGUAAUCAUGUUCAUUAUUUGGGUUUAUGUAGAGAAUGCACUAUCCCCGUGACUUAUUUUUGUUUAUGCUUUUGAGCGCCUUUUCUUCUGAAGGGGAUUGAGAUGUGGGAGAUGUUUUAUUUUGCUUGUAUUGUUUGUAAUUUAUUUUAACCCCCUCCCACCCUAUGGUCUCAACUUCUACAGUGGUAAAAAUGUAUAACCUUGUCCAGUUAAGGUACUAGUACUUUGUAAAUUUCUGGUGGUCAUCAAAAGAUUUUUUGCACUACCCAUACUAUUGACAUUAAUUUUCUUUUCCCAUUUCUAUGGGACUGUUUCCUCAUAACAAGAUAAUUUAGCUAGGUGUAUAACUUGAAGCAAAGAUUCUUAUGAUAUAUAUACUUCAGACUCAGAACACAAAUAUUGUUUAUGGAUAAAGUGAGCAUGAAGUAAUGUUAAAGAAACAUACCAAAGUGGGCCAGCAAUAAGCAUUAUUUGACAAGAUUUUCAGUUAGGCAGCGUCUUAGAUGGGGCUGAGCGCAAAUCUAUUAUUCUUUUAAUUCAGAUAAUCCAUCAAAUAGAGUCCUGCCAUGUUAAACAUUUUGGUGGGUAAUCCAUAAUCCUGGAUUCAGUUUUGGAUGGCCUUCAUUUGAAGACCAAGUUUGUAAUUCUUGGUGGUGUCUGAAUCCAAAGCCAAAAUCAUCAUUUUCAAAUCAUAACAUAACCAAGUUCCCUCUCUCCAGUUUUUGAAUCCAGUAAGGUAUUUUAUGAAUCAGGAGUGCGUGAUUCACCAUGUCAACUAAAUGUUUUGUGUUUUCAGUAAGAAUACCUUACUUCUGCACUCCUCACUCUGUUGCUUUUGGCUUGCUUGGAUAACAGAAACUGGUUGUGAAAUGACCCCAACUUCUUUGCUUGUAUUAAUGGGUAGAGAGAGUGUGGAGGGUGAGUGUAAAGCAGUGUUUCAAAUGGGCUUCAGGAAAGCAUAUAUAACAUUCCUUUGCUUAGAUUCAUGUGAUCCUAUUUUUUCUCACUUCUGAAAGUAUCUAUAACUGCAAAGCUG